AAUAAAUAUUUAUAUCUAUAUCUUAUGUCCCUACCCUUCUUGUGAACCUCCAUAAAUACUCUCUUGUGUUCUCUUUUUUAGCUACUAUACCUUGAUUACAAUAAAGCUCAACAAGUCUUCAUAUAUAUGAUCAUGGGAUGCCAAAAGCCUUCAUGGUUGGAAGCUCUUUAUACAGAAAAAUUCUUUGCUGGUUGCUCUUACCAUGAGAAUGCAAAAAAGAAUGAGAAGAAUGUUUGUUGCUUAGAUUGUUGCACUAGUAUUUGUCCUCAUUGCUUUCCAUCUCAUCGCUACCACCGCCUUCUUCAAGUUCGUCGUUAUGUUUAUCAUGAUGUUCUUAGAUUGGAAGAACUUGAGAAACUUAUAGACUGCACCAAUGUCCAGGCCUAUACUAUCAAUAGUGCCAAAGUUGUGUUCAUCAAGAAGAGACCUCAAAACCGCCAAUUCAAAGGAUCAGGAAACUACUGCACUUCAUGUGAUAGAAUCCUCCAAGAACCUUUUAUCCAUUGCUCUCUUGGAUGCAAGGUGGAUUUUGUGCUGAAACACUACAAAGACCUUUCACCCUACUUAAGGAUAUGCAACACCCUACAAUUAAGUCCUGACUAUCUAAUUCCACAAGAGAUGGGAGAUGAAUUAGAGAUGACAAGGUCAACAAUUGUGGAUUGUGAUGAUCCAAUGAGUUCAUAUUCAGUAUCAUCAUCAGGGUCAGAGAAUAUGAGUAUGCCAAUGCCAUGCACAGAAAUUGUUAGGAAGAGAAGGAGUGGAUGGACAAGUAUGUGUGCAAAAUUCAUGGCCAAUUCUAAUAGCAAUAAAGUUUCUGAUGAAGAUAUGGCUACUAGUAUGAUUAGUAGAAGAAAAGGAGUUCCUCAUAGAUCUCCUCUUUGUUAAUUAGUGUUAGCUACCUUAAUCAAUAAAAUUAAGCUAAGCUAAGCAGUAGCACAAAGAGCUAAAAAAACAUUUUACUACUACUUCAAUAUUUAAUUUUUUUUAAUUACUUCUAUGACAUGAUGUUUUGACUGAAGUGAAUUGUUCAAAGUUCUUUCUCUCUCGAAA